AUGAAACUGUACUGUUUGUCAGGUCAUCCAACGUUGCCUUGCAAUGUUCUCAAGUUUAAAUCCACCACAAUCAUGCUGGACUGUGGGCUGGACACCACGUCUGCGCUGUACUUUCUCCCUCUGCCUUUGGUGCACAGUUCGAGACUGUCCAAACUCCCAGGAUGGGCCUCUAAGGACGGUACAGUGAACCUUGAGAAAGAGCUGAAAGAAUGCGCCGGUCGUGUUUUUGUGGACUCACAGCCGGAGUUCUGUCUUCCUGAGAGAGAGCUGCUUGACCUGUCCACUGUUGAUGUGAUCCUGAUCUCUAACUAUCACUGCAUGAUGGCUCUGCCCUACAUCACUGAGCACACAGGCUUCUCAGGAACAGUCUACGCUACUGAGCCCACCUUUCAGAUUGGCAGGUUGUUGAUGGAGGAGCUGGUCACCUUCAUGGAGAGAGUUCCAAAGGCUCAGUCUGCCACCUGCUGGAAGAACAAGGAAAUACAAAGGAUGCUCCCUGGCCCGUUGAAGGAUGCAGUGGACGUCUGGUCGUGGAAGAGGUGCUACAGCAUGCAGGAGGUGAACUCUGCUCUCAGCAAAGUGCAGCUGGUGGGCUACUCGCAGAAAGUGGAGCUGUUUGGUGCAGUCCAGGUCACUCCUCUCAGCUCUGGAUACUCACUGGGCAGUUCAAACUGGAUCAUCCAGUCUCACUAUGAGAAGGUGUCCUAUGUGUCUGGAUCAUCACUGUUGACCACCCACCCUCAGCCCAUGGACCAGAGCUCCCUGAAGAAUAGUGACGUCCUCAUCCUGACGGGCCUGACCCAAAUCCCCACCGCCAACCCAGACGGCAUGCUGGGAGAAUUCUGCAGCAACUUGGCCAUGACAAUCCGGGCUGGGGGGAAUGUGUUGGUGCCAUGUUAUUCCUCUGGAGUAAUCUAUGACCUGCUGGAGUGUCUGUACCAGUUCAUGGACUCAGCUAACCUGGGAACCACACCCUUCUACUUCAUCUCCCCUGUGGCUAACAGCUCGCUUGAAUUCUCUCAGAUAUUUGCAGAGUGGUUGUGUCAGAAUAAACAGUCCAAAGUUUACCUCCCUGAGCCUCCUUUCCCACACGCUGAGCUGAUCCAGACCAAUAAGCUGAAGCACUACCCGAGCAUCCAUGGCGAGUUCAGCAGUGAGUUCAGGCAGCCCUGUGUGGUCUUCACUGGCCAUCCGUCACUGCGCUUCGGGGAUGUGGUUCACUUCAUGGAGCUGUGGGGCAAAUCCAGCCUCAACACCAUUAUCUUUACCGAGCCGGAUUUCUCCUACCUGGACGCUCUGGCCCCCUACCAGCCUUUGGCUAUGAAAUGCGUGUACUGCCCCAUCGACACACGCCUCAACUUCCACCAGGUGUCCAAACUUCUGAAGGAGGUUCAGCCUCUCCAUGUGGUGUGUCCUGAGCAGUACACUCAGCCUCCCCCGGCUCAGUCUCACCGCUCUGAUCUGAUGCUUGAGCUGCAGCCACCUCCCAUGGCGUACCGCCGCUGUUCAGUGCUGGGACUGCCCUUCCGCCGCAGAUACGAGCGCAUACAGCUGCAGCCUGAGCUUGCCAAAGCUCUGGUGCCCUCUGAGAUUAAGCCUGGCAUCUCCGUGGCAACCGUGUCAGCAGUUUUGCAGUCCAAGGACAACAAGCAUGUUCUCCAGCCAGUACCAAAACCUACUCCAGUGCCCCCCAGUAAGAAGAGGAAGAGGCUGAUGGAGGAGGUUCCAGAGCUGCUGAGCCCAAAGCCCCUGCUGAGUGGAUCCAUUCCACUGGACGCAUUCCUGGCCUCACUGCACAAGAGUGGCAUAACGGAGGUGAAGGUGGAGGAGACGGCGGACGGACACAUACUGCACCUGCAGGCCGAGGACGCGCUUAUCCAGCUGGAAGAGGACGCCACGCACAUCGUCUGCGACAACAACGAGCCCCUCCGCACCGCUCUGAGAGAUCUGGUGCUCCGCUUUCUCCAGAAACUAUGACCUUUUGCCUUUUCAGCUAGACUCAGAGACUCAGUAAUCUGUCAGCACUAAAUACUGAGACACGACUGAAACCACAGGUUCAGUACAUUUGUGGUUUAAGUUACGAAAGUCAGCAGAUUUGAGGCUUAGUGGACAGCAGGCCUGUACGAUACAAACAGAGUUCUGUAUUAUCAUUAUAUGGUUAGAUAUUUCAACUGUGAUUAUGCAGUCCUGUUCAAAAGUCCCUUUAUUUCAUCUCCAGUCUAAACUGUCAUGAAAUGUGUAAGUUAUACAUUUUCCAGCAUCAGGAAAAAGCAAAAAAAUCAUUUUACUGAAAAUCACAGUAUAUCAAAAGUAUAAUCUCAGAUGUUUGAGUGUUCAGUGUGUCACUCUUUACCUUUAUUCAAGCUUCCAUUCUCUUCAGGAGACUCUAUUUCAGUUUCUCAAAGAAAUCUGCAGACACACCUCCAAAGUUCAGUCUUAGACGUUGGUUGAUCUCGUCGGUUGACUCUGGGGUGGUCAGUCCAAUGUUCAGCUUCUUUGUUUGAUGUGUCUGUCUGGAGCACUCCAGCCCAUCCCAGAGGUGUUGGAUGGAGCUCCAUCACUGUAGAGAACACAGUUCCACUGCUCCACAGCUCAAUGCUUUGAGGGCCUUAUACCCCUCUAGCCCAUGCUUGGCACUGGGCAUGACCUUAAAACACAGUGAUGAAUACUUGUGCAAAAAUUGGCCUACAUUACUUUCACCAAAAUUAUUUACAUUUGUUGGAUUACCUGGAUACCUUGAUUAAUCAAAACUCACAGAAACUAAUCUGGAGCCGUGUUUGGUCAGGAUGCGCAGAGAAACAGUAAAACACUUAUGGUCAGAUGCUCAUUUGCAUGUUGGCGAUUUCAGUAUUGUAAAGGCCAGUAUGGUGAUUGCAGUAAAUCGUGCAGGCCUGCUGUACACAUACGAGACAUACACAUCUCGGUUGCAUUAAGUCCUCAUUGGUAUACAUUACUGAAAUUUCCACAAUGUGGAUGACGGUAUAUUUUUUUACCGUUUAAAACAAGCAGGAAUUAAAAUGUGAUUCAGAAAGCAUCGUGUUAACAGAACAGAACGGUGUUCGGUCCUUUGUAUAACAGCUUUUGGAUUGUUUUUGUAAUAAAUAUGUAGAAAUGUGUUCCCUGUUAUGAUGAAAGAGGAUAGUGAACAUGGUAAGCUACCCAUGUUGUUAAAGUGAUUAGAGAUGCACUGAUUGUGAACUUUUAUGGCAGAUUGUGAUUUCUUUACAGCCAUGGCUGGUUUGUUGUGGCCUUUUUUUUUUAAUUAUUAAUUUUACACCCAAAGCUCAGAGUGUGGACUAGAUAAACACAAAAACACACACAUUUCCAGCACUUUCUGUGAGCCAAAGUCAAAAUAUAAAUAACAUUAUGUACUCUUAAUGGGCCAGACUGGCAUUUUAGUUUCUUAAAUGAAAAAGCACAAUGAGUCGUCUGUAAUUAUGAUACAACAUCUUGGUUCAGGUGUAGCAGCAGUUUUUAAAUACGGCCUGAAAAACUGCAAAAUUUUGGCACCAGGGGUCAGGAUUGAGCAGGCCAGUAAUCCCUGCCAGCACUCACAGAUUUUGAUUGAUUUUGUGCAACUGCUGUUAGUUAAAUGCUUUUUUUCUGAGGAAUGCACUUGGUGAUAAUGAAAUAUUUGGGGACGGAGCUCAUAGCUGUGCACUUUAGUGGUUAAAGCAAACUGGCAGUUUCUCUUAACUGAACCUGCAGUGUGUGUUGGUGCUCAGUAAUUAGUGUUUUAAAAAAUGUACAGCUAGUUUAUAAAAAGAUAUAUAAAUAAGAUUAAAAAUAAAGUCUCUAAAAAAUGACCACACUGGUAAUACACCCUGGUCACAUAUACCAGGAACAGAAUUCAAGGUCCAGACAUGGUGACCUUAGGCUCGUGUGGCAUGUUGGACACUGUGACUUUUGUACACACUCUCCAAGCCCAUUAAACGCCUGUACAUCUACUCAUUCAUGCAGUUAUCUACAGACCCAAUCGUGUGGCAGCAGUGCAGUGCAUGAAAUCGUGCAGAUACAAGCCAGCAACUUCACGUAAUGUUCACAUCAUACUGUUAAAAAAGACUGUUACUGCCAGACGUGCUCUUUAAGUGCUUCUAUAACUGCUGAUCUCCUGGGACUUUCAGACACAGUAGUCUCUAGAGUUACUUAGAUGGGUACCAUAAAGAAAAAACAUCCAGGGAGUGGCAGCACAGAAAUGCCUUGUUGAUGAGAGGCUGCAGUAACUCACCACUGUAGAAUUACAGUGAGCAGAGAAGCAUCUCGGAAUGUGCAACACAUCGAACCUUGAGGUGAAUGGGCUACAACGGCAGAAGACCACACUGGUUCCACUUUUACCAGCUAAGAACAGGAAGCUCAGGCUGCAGUGGACACAGGCUCACCAAAACAGGACAGUAGAUGACUGGAAAACAUAGUCUGGUCUGAUAAAGCUGGAUUUCUGCAGAGCCACAAAGAUGGUAGUCUCAGAUUUUGGCACCAACAGCAUGAGUCCAUGGACUCACCCUGCCUUGUCAUCAGUCCAGGCUGGUGGAGGUGGUGUAAUGGUGAUGUUACAGUGUGUGAAAUUUCUGACAUGCUAGAUCUACCUUGGUCAACUAUAGGUGCUCUGGACUCUGAAGCAGUGAAAAACGUUCUCUGGAGGGAUAAAUUACGCUUCACUAUCUGGCAGUCUGAUGGAUGAAUCUGGUGGAUGCCAGGAGAACACGAACUACUGGAAUGCAUAUCAUACACAGAGUAAAGUUUGGUGGAGGAGGGAUAAUGGUCUGGGGCCAUUUUUCAGGGUUUAGGUUUAGCCCCUUAGUUCCAGCAAAGCUGAUGCAGCUGCACACUCCAUAUUAAUGUUCAAGAUUUUGGAAUGGAAUGUCCAACAAGCUCAUAGAUCGCUGUUGUCUGAAGAAAACCUCGUAUCUCAAAAAUGGUAACUUUACAGGAGAAGGAAAACACCUACUUUACUUUUAAUGGAAGUGAAUGGAACCAGAAGCCUUUCUGUGUCAUUUUGAGCCGUUUCUUUUGGUCCAUUCAUCAUGAAAUACACACAAUGUAGAGAGCAGCAGGCUUUUUCAAAUUACGUCAAAAACUGAAAAACAACAAAAAUGGAGAUACGAGGUUUUGUUCUGACAACAGCGAUAUGUGUGCUGUUCAAGUGUCCACAUAUUUUGGCCAUAUAUGUGUAGUUAUAGUUGUAUAUAGUAUAUACUACACUUAUUUUCCACCAUAAUUUACCAAUAAAUUCUUUAAAAAUCCUA